AUGGAAGCUGCAUUUGGUGACUUAAAGCAGGCCCUUACUUCGGCACUAGGCGUCAACAGUGCUGAACACCCAGUCAUGUACCUGAGCCGGAAACUGCUGGACGAAGAGACAAGGCUCACUUGUAGCCUGCCUGUCCCUUGGUUUGCAGAGUACGGCCCCUCAUUUAACUUUGUGAUAUGCCUCAAGUUGGCACUUGGGGAAGAUUCUUUCUUCAUGGCAUUCAAAAGUUCACUGCCUGUUCAGAUUCCAAUGGCGCAGGCAGAGACUUCUCAAGUUCUUAGGACUAUUAGAACUGUGUUCACUGCAAUAGAAAGAAAUAUUCUGGAAGGGUCUGUGAUUGAUUCUGAUACUAAGAAUUUAUUGCAAAAUGCAAAACACAACUUUGAUAGAAUUUCAUCGGCAUUACCAGAAAAUAUUAGAGUACAAUUGACAGAUUGUUUUGAGGAUUUGAUACCACGAAUUGAAAGAUACGAUGCCAGAAACUCUCCACCAGUUAUCAACAACUUUCUUGAUACACGCAUUAAAGGAGUAGGAUGCUUUAUUAUUAUUCUUUUAAAUUAUUUCAUAAUAGGUCAGUUUGGUUUGCCAAAAGUUGAAAUCUCUAAAGAACAACUGAAGCUAUUAAUUUCACAAGGAUACACAGGGAAAAGAAUUGCAGAACACAUAGGAUGUUCUGCAUCUUAUAUUUAUAAACGCCUGAAAACUGAGGGUCUGUCACCAAGACAGAAAUUCAGCAGUAUAGCAGAUAAUGAACUGGAUGAAGAAUGCAAAAGACUACAAGCAAGUUGUCCAAAUGCCGGUUCUGAGAUGAUGUCAGGAAUGCUAAGAGCAAGGGGAAUACAUGUGCAAAGGGACAGACUUCGACGCACAUUGGCUAGACUUGACCCAGUUGGCACUGCUCAGAGAUGGUCACAAACUGUUCAAAGAAGGUCAUACCAUGCCGUCUCACCUAACAGUAUAUGGCACAUUGACAGUCACAUGAAGCUUAUAAGGUGGGGCUUUGUUGUACAUGGUGCUAUCGAUGGCUUUUCCCGUCUAAUACCUUAUUUAAGUUGUGCUACAAAUAAUUCUUCAUCCACGGUGCUACAGACUUUCUGCAGGGGUGCUCUACAGUAUGGAUUACCAUUAAGAGUGAGGUCUGACCAAGGCACAGAAAAUGUUCAGGUAGCACUGCUUAUGAAUGCCAUCAGAGGAUUACACCGUGGCAGCCAUAUAACUGGACUUUCUGUCCACAACCAGAGAAUUGAAAGGCUAUGGAGAGAUGUAUUUCAACAGGUUCUCUUCCCCAUCUACAAAGAAUUUUAUGAAAUGGAAGAUAAUGGUAUACUUGAAGAAGGCAACAGUUUACACAAAGGAUGUCUACAAUAUGUUUACUACUCAACAAUUAAUCAAAGAUUGGAAAUGUUCAGAAAAGGCUGGAAUAAACAUAGAAUUAGAACUGAACACAACAGAACACCGGAACAAAUAUGGUUUGAUAGCUUGUCCACUAUAUCUCACCAAACAAGUCUGUCUGACAUGAAUACACAACAGUUUAGAGAGAGUUUAAUAGAACAUUUACAAAGAAUAGGUGCAUCAUUUUCAGAUGAUGCAUAUAUGGAGUCUCAGGAGACAUUCAACCCACUUGAAAUGUCUGACCAAAAUCUACAGAUACUACAAGAUGCUAUUCAGCUAGAAACAAAUUUAAAAGAUAAAUAUGCAUGUUGUGUUCAAAAGGCCAAUGAGCUAUUAACAGAUACCCAAACAUAGUGUCCACUCCAUUUUGCAUGUAGUAUUAAAAAAUUGUUCAUGAGUACAUUGGCAAGGUCCAGCAUCGACAGUAAUGCAUACUACAUGGUAAACAGCGUGUUAUAACCAACCAAAAUUCAUUUUUAC